UGAUAUCCUUAAUUGGUUAUUGUGAUGAUAACAAUGAGAUGAUUUUGGUUUAUAAUUAUAUGGCUCAUGGAACUCUCCGUGAUCACUUGUAAAGAACUGAUAAUGAUCCUCUUCCAUGGACGAAACGCCUUGAGAUUUGCAUUGGUGCAUAAAAGCUUAUGGGCUGAUGGAUUUUAAAAAAGGAUUAUACAUGUGGAUAGUGACGUGGCGAGGUGACUAUUUUUAUUCACGUGGCAUCCUUGGUGAAAUUCUGGAGAGUAUUUUUUAGUUAAAUACUUAACGAAAUUUGUUAGAAGAAGAGUAUUUUUGAGCCAAAUAUUUAAUAGAGAAAUAUUUUUGAGCCAAAAAUUUAACGAGGAAUAUUUUUAAGCUAUUUCAAAUCGUUCAGAAGAAUUUUUGAACCUCUUUUUCGAAUAAUUAUUCUUUUCUAAAGAAUAAUUGUUCAAAUCAUGACUAUUGACACCCAUAUUUGAAUAAUAGAAAUUGCACGUACCUAUGGGAUUCGUUAACAGUGAAAUGUUGAAUCUGCACCAAACCCUCAAAGCACCCCUAAAUCCCAUUUCGCUCCGUCACUUCGCCACUCUUCCGCCGCCGUCGCAGCUACCACCGGACCCCACAGCAAUCUCCAACUUCAUACUUCAAUCCAACCCGGAAUCAGUAUCAAAUUCCCUUAAUACCCUCACAGAAUGGACCCCACACCUUGUCCACACUGUACUAAAACGUCUAUGGAACCAUGGCCCGAAAGCCCUCCAAUUUUUCAACCUCCUCGAUCACCACCGUUCAUAUUCUCACUCAUCUACAGCUUUUGAUCACGCUAUUGAUAUUUCUGCUCGUAUGCGGGAUUACAAGACUGUAUGGAAGCUCGUGGCCCGAAUGCAAGCCCGUAGACUCGGCCCGAGCCCGAAGACAUUUGGGAUUAUAACUGAGAGGUAUGUAUCAGCUGGGAAACCUGAUAAAGCUGUCAAUGUUUUCCUUUCUAUGCAUAAACAUGGUUGUCCUCAGGAUUUGAAUUCUUUCAAUGCGUUUCUUGAUGUUCUUUGCAAAUCGAAACGGGCGGAAAUGGCUUAUAAGUUGUUCAAGAUGUUUAGGAGUAGGUUUAGAGCUGAUACGAUUAGUUAUAAUACGCUUGCGAAUGGGUUUUGUUUAAUUAAGCGGACGCCGAAAGCACAAGAAAUUUUGAAAGAAAUGGUGGAGAGAGGUUUGAAUCCGACUAUAACGACGUAUAACAUAAUGCUUAAUGGGUUUUUUAGAGCAGGACAGAUUAAGGAAGCUUGGGAGUUCUUUUUGGAGAUGAAGAAGAGGAAAUGCGAUAUUGAUGUUGUGACUUACACUACUGUAGUUCACGGGUUUGGUGUUGCGGGUGAGGUAGAGAAGGCUCAAAAGUUGUUCAAUGAGAUGGUGGGUGCUGGUAUACUUCCCUCGGUUGCAACUUAUAAUGCUCUGAUUCAAGUUAUGUGUAAGAAAGAUAGUGUGGAAAAUGCUAUUUUAGUGUUCAAUGAGAUGUUGAGGAAAGGUUAUUUGCCGAAUUCAACAACUUAUAAUGCCAUUAUUAGGGGAUUGUGCCAUGUCGGGAAAAUGGACAAUGCUAUGGAGUAUAUGGAUAAGAUGAAAGCAGAUGGGUGUGAACCAAAUGUUCAGACUUAUAAUGUUGUCAUCCGUUACUAUUGUGAUGAAGGGGACAUUGAGAAGGGCCUGAGAGUGUUUGAGAGGAUGAGUACAGGAGAUUGUUUACCUAAUUUGGAUACAUACAAUAUCUUGAUAAGUGCAAUGUUUGUGAGGAAAAAAUCAGAUGAUUUAUUAGUGGCUGGGAAAUUAUUGACUGAAAUGGUUGACAGAGGAUUUCUUCCUCGAAAGUUUACCUUCAACCGGGUCCUAAAUGGUCUUUUGCUAACUGGUAAUCAAGAUUUCGCAAAGGAGAUUUUGAGGUUGGUAAGCAAAUCUGGCCGCCUCCCCUGCCAUUUUAAACUGUGAGCUCAACAGCGCAGGUACAAUACGAAAUUAAGUGACCUUUUGAAACCUAAUUAAACAGUGGAGAUCUAAAUCUGAGAUGGAUUUGUCACUUGCCGCAAAAUUCAGUUUUGAGUAUGGUAAGAUGUGGAUAAGAAUGAUGACUGUAAAGAGUUUGAGAUGAAAAUGACUUAAAAAGCAUGCCAUUAUGCAGCAGCUCUUAGCACGUUUGUCACUUCUCGUGAAAUUCAAUCUUGGAGUGUGGUAAGAUGUGGAUAAGUAUGUUGAAUGUGAAGAAUUUGAGACGAAAGAGACUGAAAAAACACGCCAUUAUUGUUAUACAGCUGCUCAUGAGUCAUGAGCACAGAGACUUGGCAUUUAAAAGGACUUGUGUUGUUAGCAGGGUGCUCCGACUAUGGCCCAUGACUUGAAGGAGGUGCAUCUCAAAGUGUUUCUGUUUUCCCUUCUACGGGAUAAUUCUGUACUUAUUGUUAUUGGUAUAUACGCCAGAGAGAAAGGUCAGUGACAUCCCGUUUAAGCCACUUAUGUACACAGGUAGCUUUUUCCCUCCUUUGUUAUUGUUGAAGGGAAAAUGGAGCUUAGAAAAUAAAGCGGGGUUAUACAUUUAUUGGAUCUCCCAAAGUCUAAUGCCCUUAGCAGCUCUCUAAGAUAUUCUUAAAAUCAAAGUUUAAGAAUACGAGUUCAUAUUUUCUAAGUUGAUGAACGACUUUGAUGAUGUUAUUUUUACCCAAAAUAGGGGGGAAGCUGUUCAAUUGGCAAUUUAAUUAAGUGUCGAGUUUAAUAUGUGUGCUCGCUGAUCCCAAAGAAACUAGUUGUUGAACAUGCUGGCAUUUUGAUAUUCCUUGCGUUUUUCGGACUCCUUUAGGUGAUUUUAGUCUUUGAUUGAAUUGAAACAAGGAGCUACGAUGCAGAAAUAAAAAUUCUUGUGAUUCAUCUUUUCGUGAUCAUUAACUAACUUGCAUCGGUUCAAGUCCGUAAGUUUAUAAUGGUCAAAGUUGUUGCAGAUACAAUUUAAAGUUCAUUUAUAGUUUAUCCUAUUUCGAAUGGCCUUUUCUUUCUAAUUUUCUGUAUGGUGUUGGAUGAAUCAGUUCCCCGUUUUACCUAAGGUUGUUGGCCUGUAUUGCUGCGUGAGAGCUGCUGUUUUGUUUCAGUCCAUCAUGAAACUAUUUCCUAGUAGCUUCAUUUCCUAAGUUGAAAAUAAUGCUGAUGUGGUUCCCUCUUUUGUUUUUGUAUUUUUGGUGUGUACUUAACAACCAAUACAACCUUGGAGCAACGGUUAAGUUAUCUACGUGUGACCUAUACGUGGUGAAAGAGAGUUACCAUCUGAUGAUAGUAAACUGAGGGAGUGUUCUGAUUGCUUAGUUGCCAGAAUGCGGUGAUAGUUUGCUAUACAUCAACUUUUCCUAAAUUAUUCUCUUGAUUCGAACUGUGGAAGCAUCCCCCUAUGCUUGCAUCACCCCUUGCGUACCACCAAAAGCAGAGAAAAAGCUAGCAGAACCAGCAGCAACAAAGGAGAAAGAAGCUGAAAAAGCACCAGCGGAGAAGAAGCUAAAGGCAGGGAAUAAGUUACGAAAGGAAGCGGUGCAGCUGGUGCUGACAACAACAACAACAACCAAAGGGUAAAGAAGAGCGUUGAGACUUACAUUGAUGAACAGUUUCAUCAGUGAUGUAUUUGAGAAGCUUGCUCAGAGUCUUGAAGAUUGGCUAGGUAGAAUAAGAAGCUUACUAUUACUUGUUGGGAAAUUCAUACUGCUGUCUGGCUUGUGUUGUCUGGUGAGUUGGUUACACAUGUUUCUGAAGGGUUCUUAAUUAGAGGAUUUUUGGGAUUUUUGAGAUGUAAAGGUAGUUACCGACUUGAAUAACUGCAACUAAGUACGUCAAUGCUUGACAUCAUGCCAUCUUUCUGUUCAAUUUCUGGUUUCAGCAGCUUGGAUGACUAUGUCUUGCAUGGUAUAGACAACAUGGAUGCUAGGCUUGACCAACCGUUAAAUUUCCCCGGGCAAGACACCAACUCCUUGAUUGCUGAUACUGAUUCUAUAACUCCCCCAUUUUGUGAUGAUGAUCAUCUGCCUUUCUUUGACAUUGACUAUUCCCUUCCGAGUCCUAGCUUUGCUCGAUCACCUGAUCUACAGUGUGCUGUCAACAGCUUUCUUGCUCAUAGUAGUAAAUUGUUUCCCUGGAUAAAGCUCAACGGAGAUGGAAGAUGCUAUUUAGUGUUCUCAGAUGGUUCUCUGCUAGGAGGAUCGUUAACAGACUAACCAUCAUAUCUUGAAUAGAGAUGUUCUCUCUAUGCAGAGGCAAAAGAAUCUGUAGGAAAUUGCUGCCCGGUGCAAAAUUGUGUGCACUCUCCCUUUUCUUUUUCAUUUUUUAGAUUUUUGAAUCAAACUUUUGAGUCUUGUGAAUGUUAUACAGUCCUAGUUGCCAAUCUGAUGAAAAGUUUUUACAUAUU